GAAUGCAAGAUGGCAGACAACUACUUAGAGAGGGGUAAACGAGACAAAGCAAUGAAAUUAUGCCAACAAGUGAUGGAAAAGUUAAAUGAUAUGGAGGAACAUGAUCAGAUCAGAGGUAAAGAAUUUGAAUCAUAAAUUUUCUUAUUGUUGAAUGUAAUGCUGUGGCAAGUCAAAGUUUUAUUAAAUUGACCUCAUACUGUGAUUUCUGUUAUAUAGUGAUGGCAAGAUUAUCAACAUGUUUUGUGCAUUCUGGAGAAUUUGAAAAAGCAGAUGAUUUAUUGGAUAGGUCAUGGAAAUUGCUUUCCAGAGUUGAUUAUUACAAUUUUCUUCGUGAGCGUUUUGAUGUCAUGAGGUUCAAGUGUGAAUGUGAGAUUACCAGACCUAAUGGAUCAAAAGACAAGCUUACUGAAGCAUUGGAAAUAGCAAAAUCAGCUUUGUCUAUUGCUCAGUCAUUACCAGCAUCAGAAAAUUUUGAGAUUUUCUAUUGUAAACUGCUCAUUGCUAAAUUUUACAAGAAAUUAGGAAACAUGGAAACAUGCAUUGAACAACUGAAAGAGAUGAGGAAAGUUGAGGAGGCAAACGUGUCUGAUUCACAUUUCAGACUAUUUGAUAGUCAGUAUAAUUCUGUAUCUGUUAACGUUUUUUGUUGUGCAGUACUGCUUUAACUUUUAUUUAUGUUAUACAGUACUCAAAGAAUUAGGAAAAACACAUGUGGAAAGAGGUGAUUUAUGUGAAGCUCUGACAUGUUACAAGGAAGUAUUAGAGCUGCACCAGCAGGAGGACACUUCUGAUCAUGCGGAAAUUGCUUAUAGUUUGAUAACAUUCAUGACUCAACAUGACAUCAUAUUAAAGGUUGCAUGUUUUCUGUUCAGUUCUCAUGUCGAUUGGUGCAAUAUAUUAUUUCACGGGCAACAUCACUGAUGCUGUAAAGCAUUUAGAGCAGUUUAUAGAAAUUAGAGAACAGAUGCAGUUACCACUUUGUCGUGACGCUGGUCUAUGUAUGCAGUAAUAUGCGUAUUGAAUGUUUAUUAUAUCUGUGUGUGUGUGUUGCAUUCCAAUUGUAUUUGUGCUGUAGG